AUGGCCGCCAAGCCCCGCCAGGCGCCUCGAAGAUCAUUAAGACAAUCACUCAAGGACGUUUUCCUGCGCAGAUUGCGAAAACAAUCGAAUUCGGCGCCUGAAACCGUGGGAUCAGGAAUACUGCGACGGGCAGAUCCUUCAAGUUUUGUCCUCUCAUCUGUCACCACCUUCACCUCUUUCCCAGACGUGACCAACAGCCAAGUCAGUCUUGAGGAAUGGGCCAUAUCUCGAUCGAUUCCGAACCGGUUUCAAUCCUCGCCUCGCCGAGCAGAUGUCAAAUCUCAAGCUCGACAGACUCUGCUUCCGGCGACGAGCCUCAGUCAAUUCGACCUUCGUCAUGCCUACCUUCAUCGAUCGAUGGUGCCAUCCAGAGUAGUCAAUCAGGCCGUCUCAACAAGCUGCACAUCUGUCGUUAGUCGAGAAGCGAGUAUAUCGACUCUUUCUUCCUUCUCUAGCGCAUCAACUCUGAAACUGCGAGAGUCUCGUAAGAAUCUCGUCGGCCGGCACCCGCAGGCUUCUGAGAUCGAAACUCCGCCACCCUCUGCGUUGGCGAACCACAAUCGGAGAAAGCAGGUAUCAUGGUUGCAAUCUCCGUCACUCAGUUCCGCGUCCGUCCACGAGAGUUCUUCGGAGACGCCAAGAUUUGGGACAGAUGAAGAUGGUCUCGGAAGCAUGCCCCUUGUAGAGCACUUCAAAUCAUUUUGUGUGCUCGACACAGCUGCUCCGGGUUUCCCGGUGGUCGCUACUUCUCAUGAGCUCCGUUAUAUCUUUGAAAUUGGCGAGCAUUUCUUUCUCAAUAGUUGCGAGUGUGAAGGAGCUUCCAUGGACAUCGUGACGGGUCAGGAUGCUGCUGGAGAUCCAGUCACUCACCUCGUGCUGUUUAGUCCGUUGAUCAUUCCCAGCAGUGGCCGCAGCAGGUAUAUGCUUGCAAGUUUAGUCGAUGUUACUCGAUUCAUUCACGGCGCAGCUUCAUUGCCAGAACUCGACAAGUCUGCCGACAGUUCAAUCAUGGAGUUUGACCUGCAGACACCGUUGCAUGAUCGCAUGCCGCCUUCUUGGGUUGCUUCGACGUCUGAACUCUCGGCUGAAGACCUUUUAGGAGGUUGCGUUCUGCGCGAAGACCGAGGAUUCCGCGCUGCAUAUCAAGAGGACGUCUGGUUGAACCUGGCGCAUGAAACAAAGAGCAGAUCGUCAACCAGAAGUGAUACACCCGGAUCAAUACCACCAAAAGUCGAUGGAAGAUCUAAGGCAUCGAAAUCGUCGUCACCACCGUCUACUAACAGUAGCACAGUGGACGAAGUUCUGGAAGAAUUCAUGGGCAACCUACAAGAGUUGUAUUCAGACUUUUACCUUUUGGGCAAAUCUCCGCUUGAUGACACCUACUACGAGAUCUGCAACGUAUCACCCACUAUAUACGCAGCAAGGGAUUACAUCAACGGACAUCUUUCCCAUACUGGACAGCAAGGCAUUGUUGCAAUGAGCGAAGGACUCGCGCGAGGUUCUGCAUUUUCCAUGAAAGUAAAAUGGGGUCCGAAAGGGAUUGAUAAAUAUGUGUACUGUAGCCCACUCUAUGGGCAGAACUCUACCACGUGGAUAUGUUUUCUGGUGGAUGAUCGCAUGCCGUCGUUGUGGUAA